AUGGCGGUGGCCGAGGCACAGCUGUACUCAAAGGUGUCCAACAAGCCCCGGGGCAGGGGCACCUCUGCCCUCCUGGAGCCUCUCCUGGCCAAAGGAUUCCCGGCUCAUCUCGCGCAAAAAGCCUUGGUUGCUACAGGACAAAAGACAGUAGAAGAUGCAGUAAAAUGGCUGCAUUCCCACUGCAAUGACCCCUCCCUGGAUGACCCCAUCCCCCAGGAAUAUGCCCUGUACUUGUGCCCCCGGGGCCGCCUGCACAGCCGCCUGCAGGACUUCUGGAGGGAAAGCAAGCGCCAGUGCGGCAAGAACAGAGCCCACGAGGUCUUCCCACACGUCACCCUCUGCGACUUCUUCACGUGUGAAGACCAGAAAGUGGAAUUCUUGUAUGAUGUCCUAAAGAAAGUGGGUGACAGCUUUUGCCAGAUCUUUCCACCAUCCAUUUUCCUAACACUACAUGCAUCUCCCAGCUACCUGGGCUUCUUCAUUGAUGACAGCCAGGCAAACAUCCUCAAAGACUUUGCUGUGGCAUUCUCAACAGAGGCUUCAGCCCUGGCAGACUGCCACGUGAAGCCUUCCUUGAAGCAGUUCCACCUUACCCUGGCUCACAGGUUUUAUCCUCACCACCAGAAGACUUUGGAACAGCUGGCCAAGUGCAUUAACCCAGGGGAGCCCUGCCAGUGGGUGGCUGCUCUCUAUUCACGGGACAUGCGCUUUGUGCAUUACCAGAGGCUCAGGGCCCUCUUCCAGUACAAGCCCCAGAACAUUGAUGAGCUGAUGAUCAACGCUGGGGAUUUGAUCUACGUGGAUCCCAGGCAGCAGAACGAGGCGGGCGAGGGCUGGGUGAUCGGCACCUCACACCGCACCGGCUGCAGGGGCUUCCUGCCCGAGAACUACACUGAGAGAGCCCACGAGUCAGACACCUGGGUCAAGCACAGGGAAUAUGUUUUUGACACAGCUUCAAGAUCCCUCACCAAAACAGAAAAGGAACCCAAUGUAAAGCCAAAUGGGGAAGCCCAUAAUCUCAGUAUGUCAAGGAGUGUAACCAAUGUUGUUUCUCUUCAGGUUUCCCAGAACGCUGCCCUGAGGAGAGGGGUGCUGGUGAUGAGCCACGGGGAAAGAGUGGAUCAGGUCUUUGGCAAAUCUUGGCUUCAGCAGUGCCUGACUGCAGAUGGGAAAUAUUACAGAGCAGAUCUGAACAUCCCCUCCUCCCUGCCGAGGCAGAAAGACAGCAUGAAGCAGUUUGAAUGUGAUCCUCCUUUAUCUUGCUGUGGUAUUUUCCAGUCAAGGCUUAUAGGGGAAGCUCUGCUGGAGCAGGAGGUGACCGUCAGUUCCGUGUACUCGUCCCCUGCCCUGCGCUGCGUGCAGACAGCUCAGCAUGUACUGCAGGGGCUUAAAUUAAAUCAAAAAGUCAGAAUCAGGGUGGAACCAGCACUGUUUGAAUGGACCAAGUGGGAAGCAAGCAGAGCAAUUCCUAAAUUCAUGACUGUGGCAGAACUGGUGGAGGCAUCUUAUGACAUAGACACAAGUUACAGGGGUAACUUCCCACUCUCCUCUCUGGUGCCAUCAGAAAGUUAUGAAGACUAUGUCAGCAGGAGCUCUGCGGUUAUAAAACACAUCAUCAGUGCCUGCCCCUGCAAAGGUGUCAUCCUCAUCGUGGGCCAUGGCUCCUCCUUGGCACCGCUCACCCGGGCACUCACAGGGCUCCCCAGCAGAGACAGCAGAGACUUUGCUCAGAUGGUGCAGAAGAUCCCUGCCCUGGCCAUGUGUUUCUGUGAAGAACAGAAAGAGGAGAACAAAUGGCAGAUGGUCAACCCACCAGUGAAGACAUUAACUCAUGGAGCAAAUGCAGCAUUUAACUGGAGAAAUACUAUCAUGGAAGAUUAAAAGGCCAUCUCUGCUUUUGCAGUUGUCAAAAAGGAGCCAAAGGCAGGUUAUGGUUCAUCACAGUCCAGUGAUUCAUCCAGAAGACACACAGAGGGUGGGAAAUGCCCUCUCUGAGCUGUCAAAGCACAGAAAAACACUUCUGAGUUUGGGGCCUGGAUUUUGUUUUUAUUUUGGUGACUGAGAAGAAUGAACUUGAGAGAUAGGGCUCAAGUGAGAAAUAACACUUUUGAUGGUGGUGAGAAAAGCACCUUUUAACCUUUCCUGAGCAUAAAAAUGUUUAAUAAAUAUAGAUAUAUAUAUAUAACUACCUGAUUAUAAACUCCACUCCAAGAGGCACUGAAGUAAACAAUGCUCUAUGUUUAAGACUGAACUACAUCCAGCAAGAAUUCCCUCCCCCCCCCCUCCUUUAUUCACUUGGAUAUUUUCAGACAACAGAAAAAUUGGGACUGAAAAAAGUCAACUCCUACCUGAAGAGACAACCAGCUCUAGCUAAAGCCACUGUGUUUCCUGUUCACUCCAUCAGUUCUGUGAGAGCAAAUACCACACUGACUCUUAAUUUACCUCUUCUGUGAAGGGAGUCCAUUUUCUAUCACAUCAACUCCUCAUCCAGCAAUUCUCAAGCAAUGCAUAUUGCAAAAUGGUCUAAAUUAUUUCUUUUUGAAGGGAAAUGAACCAGUUGCUUUACUGUUUUUGGGACAAGGAAAGAUGCCCCAUGUUACUGUACUGGUGACAAAACUGUGACAUGAGCAGCUUUAACUCUAAAUCCUCCCAAGGUGGCACUUGCAGCACAGCAGCUUUGCUUUGUGCUGGUUUGUGCUGAAUUUAUUAAUGGUGAUCCACCAUCCCCAUGGGUCAUCUGGAAGCUUUCUGCAGCUCUUCUCUAUGUGAUGUGUUUAAUUAACAAAAUGUAGCCCUGAAAUUUUAUGCACAAACAGGAACAUGCCUUCCCACUAUCCAUUUUCCUCCUGCUUUUCCUCUCUGCUUAUCAGAUAACUGCCUCCAGGAAAGUACAAUGUUUCUUUCAAUGAAAGGAAAAAAUGAAAAUAUUUCUCUCAGAGCAUGGCUGAAAAUGUUUUCACUUUCACCCCUCACCACCUGCUCCAAUGUGACAUCUCCCUGCAUGCCAUUAGCCAUGGGGGCAUGCAGAGGAGCCCAUCCAACACUGCAGCUUUUGGGGCUGAGAAGUGUCUGACAGGCACCUUUAUCUGUGGCUGUAGAGAUUUUGUUAUCUCAGCUGUGCAGCUGCAAGGAUUCAUUCUGACUUUUCAGCUCUGGUGGAGUUGCUUGAGCUCUCAGUUUUCUGGCAGUGCUGCAAUUUUACAGUGAAAGUCAAAUGUCCCAGGGCUAAGACAGGAGCUCUUUAGCGAGCAAGGGCGCAGGACUCAAGCUCAGGGGAUGGGUGGCUACAGCUGCAGUCCUAGAAAAAGAUAAAAACACCAAAUGUCACCACAACCUUUUCUUAAUCAGGGGAAGCAGGAUGCCACUGCAGUGCUGAGAGAACUGUGGCUUGGCUUCCUGGGACCCCAUAAGCACAGACUCAACCCUAAACACUUUUUAAAAUCAGAGCUGAAAUGAUGUCCUUAACAUACAAGGUUUCUUGG